AUGAAAAAGAACAUAGAUGAGGAGAUUGAACUAAUUGGAGAUUAAUCUUAAGUCCAUAAAGCGGUUCAAAAUAAAAAUUCUAAAAAUUCUGACUAGUUAGUGAUUCUUACUAAAACUCAAGAUAUCUUACCAUAAUUUAAUGAAUCAUCUUAUCAAACAUUUUCUCAUGGAUCUGAUUCUUUUGAUUCAGAAGAACAUAAAUAAAAUAAGUAAUAGGAAAAACCUAAGAAAGAAGAAAUAGAAAGCGUUAGCUUAUUUAAUUCAAAUAUAAUAUCAUAAAAUAACUAAAAUUAUAUGAAAGAAUUUUUUGAAAUGUAAAUAGAAUAACAUCUUCAAUUAUCAAAAGAACAAGCGGAGAAAAUAGUUAGAUAUAUACAUAAUUGUUUUCCUUAAGAAAAAUUGUAAUAAUUAAAUAUAUCAUCUGAUAUGGCUUCGUUAUAAAAGAAUAUAAAUUCCCUAGAAAAAAUGCUAGGUUUAGAAAAUCCAUAAGAUAUAGAAAUUAUUACUAUGUUAUUUAUGUUGUUAUUAAAAAUUGUUCUAACAGAAUAAUAUGAAAAUGCAGAGAACUUUUUUGAAAAGUAUUAUGAAGAUCAACAUUUAAGUAAAUUAUAUGAAAUUUAUGAUUCUUGUCCAUUAGAUUAACAAUAAUCCUAAAUAAGUUAAAGUUUAAACUAAAGUUAAGAUGAAGAUGAAAAUUAAUAUGAAAAAGAUGAUAAUGAAGAUGAAGAAUAUAUACCUAAAAUAAUUGAAAUAUCAUUAGAAAAAGACUUUAAAGAAUCCUUAUUACAAAAAUUGAAUUGA